CCUCUGCUAUUGCCUCAUCAUAUUGCAUGCAGCUAUCCCAUUCCUACUACGACGCCUGUCGUCUUCUCCCAGAAUUUCCCCUUCCCAACGCAUCCUCCAUGCUUUAUCUGUCUAUUCUCGUCAAACAAAUAUCUUCAGGAUGGAAGAUCAAAUUGUGGAGUGGAGGAUUGUGGAGCGUACUUCAUUAAAAGAUGAGGAAGAAGAAGAGGAAGAUGACGACGAUGAGGGGGAAUUGAAAGAGAGUAAUAUAAGAUGGAUUGUGAACAAAGGAUUAGGGUUGGGGAAGAAGGUUAUGAUUACAAGUAUUGUAAUCUCUUCUGCCCCAGUGGUUCUUCCUCCGCUUAUUGUUAUUUCUGCACUCGGGUUUGCAUUUUCGGUCCCUUUUGGUCUUGCUUUUGCUAGUUAUACUUGUACUGAGAAACUUAUGAACACGUUGCUUCCGAGGUCAGAGCCACCUCUACUGUUGGAGUAUGGAGAUAUGUAUGAAGAUGAUGAACAAGUAGGAGGGAAAGGUCCUGGUUUUGGUGGAGAAAUGUUGAUGGAAGAGGAGGAAAAGAAAGAAAUGGAGGAUGUAAAAGAAGGGGUUGAAAUGAGGAUUGAGUUGGAGAGCGGUGGAUACGAGGGAGGACCGACUCUUGUUGAAGAUGAAGAUGUUGGCAGAGCGGAGGAAGAAAGAGAGAUCAAUGUAGAUGAGGAUGUUAAAGAAGAAGGAUAUGAAGAAGAUGUGGGUGAAUACUUGGAAGGAGAGAAUGAGGGACCAAUGAAGGAGGAAAAUUUGGAAAUCGAACGAGCUAGAGAAGCAGAAAAUUGGGAAUUUGAUGAAAAGAUUAAGGAAACUGAGGGUUUGGAUUUGGUGGCCAAAGAAGCCAGGGGAGAAAAUGAGGACGAAAAAGACCUUACUUUAACACCAGGUCUGCCAGAUAAGAAUUUUGUUGAAGUAUAUGUAGGUGAUGCAGUGAAGGAAGAUACCUUAGAGAGUUCAGGUGGACUUGAGGGAAAUGAGGAUAGAAAGGUUACGCAUCCCGAAGUCGUAGAGAAGCCAUUGGAAAGCAAAGAUGAGAGGGUAGAUAGUCUUGUGAGAGAGCUUCAAGGAACAAAAACUGAAAAAGGACCCGAGGUUACUUCGGAAGAAAAAGAGAUAAUAGAAGUAACAAGGAAACCAAACGUCAGCAAAAUCUCAAAGAAACACCACAAAAAGAAGAAAGCAAGUGAAAGUAAAAAUGUUGCAAUAUCAGAGAAAGGGGAGGGGUUGAGCAACAAGCAGAAGGAAGACACUGAUGUGAAAAUAAUAGGAAAAAAGGAAGAGGUAAAGGAUGAAGUUAAGGUGAAGCAUGACGAGAAGCAUUUACCAGUGAAAAGGGAGACCAAAGAAGGAAGAGACGAAGCCAACCAAAGUGGUGUUUCCAAAAAGGCCAAGAAAGCUGCUGAGAUGGACAAAACACUGCCCGGGAGCAGAGAUUCAGGAAAUGGCAAGCAUGUUGCAAAAGAUGCUUCGCGUCCAUUGGAAGGCAAGGAUAAUCUGGUAGCUGCAAAAGAGGUUCAAAGGAAGGCACCUGAUGUCCGUGGGAACCUUCCAUCUGAACGAAAAGGGACCACUGAUCAAAAGAAAAAUGUCAAUGCCGGUGGUGUCAAUCAGGUUUCUGAAAGAGCAGGGAUUCCAGAGGCCAAACCCGCCAAGGAGUUCUCCAGUGAGGAGAAGAUAUGGGAGAAGAUGAACGCAAUGAGAACAAUCGUGGGAUACACAGUAGCCACUCAACCUUUGUUGGUAGAUGAACUAAAGGCGCUAUACAUCUUUACUGGAGUCGAGCCCCCAUCUACGUUCCAUAACCCGUCCACUUUGGAAGAAGUGAAUGACAAGCUUCAGUUUCUUAUGUCGAUUGUGGGAAUAAAGUAAAGUGCUAGAACGUACUUUGUUUGGUCUGUAUUUUCUUAUCGUCUACUUUUGUCUUGUUAGUUUGUCAAAUUUUAGCUUGAUACUGGAUUUGUGUAUGAUUAUGCUAGAAAUUGCACUUCGUUGUAAAUCAUCAACUUGAAUGUUCAACAGAGUUUUGGCUCCUUUUAGGAAAAUGUUCUCUUAUGCUUGAACGUUGCUCUAUCUUGGUGGCGUCGGUUCUGGAACAGGAACUGCUGUUCUUGUUGAUGUUUUUGAAGACUCACUGUUGUGCAGUCUUUGAAUUCUGAAUGUGAUCUUAGCCAAGUCUCUUAUUGUCUUCCAGUUGAUUGGCUUCUCGUGGACUGCCCCGAGUUUCGAGUUUGUGUCUUGGCAUUUCAGCUUUUUCAAUAGAAUAUUGGAGUUUCCACAAGGCAAUGGUGUAUUGAGCCAGAUGUCGAAAAGCAACUGAUCUCGGUGUACAGAGUGAGAUGUCGAACUUCAUGGAGGUGCAGGGGAACUUUUUUAACAUAUUAUCUUCCUAUUUAGUUGAACUUCCAUAUUUCAUGUUAAGUAUAUAGUACUUUAUUUUAUCAUAUUAUUAAUUCCUGUAUGAAUUCCAAAAGAUGAAGAAAUUGAAGAAAAUGGUACUCCUCAUUCAAGUUGUGUUAAUUGAA